AUGGCGACCUCAACCUCAACCUCUACCGCCGCCCCCGCGGUUGUCGAAGAACACCAAUUCCCCCUCCCCCCGAUCCUCACCCACCCUUCCGCCGCCCCUCCCACCCUCAUCACACAAGGCGCCGAAGGCCGUCUCUACAAAACAACCUUCUUCUCUCCCGACAUCCCCUGCGCGCUCAAGUACCGACCUCCCAAGCCCUACCGGCACCCGGUUCUCGACGCCCGCCUGACCAAAGCCCGUCUCGCCUUCGAAGCCAAAGUCCUCGAGCGGUGCCGGCGCGAGGGCGUUCCCGUGCCUGCCGUGUACGCCCAGAACGCGGCAGCGGGCUGGAUCGCGGUGGAAUGGAUUGAGGGUGCGCCGGUGCGGGUGAAGAUCAAUGAGUGGUUGGGGCAGAGGCCGAAGAAUGAGGAGGAGGAAAGGUCAGCCGCGGAGCAGGAUCAAGGACCGUUGAUUGAGUUGAUGAAGAGGAUCGGGGCCGCGAUAGCGGCGUUGCAUAGGACGGGUGUGGUGCAUGGAGAUCUGACGACUAGUAAUAUGAUGUUGAGGCCACACACGAAGAAGACGACGACGACGAUGACGAGCGAGCAGACGAAUGGAGUGAGCAAAGAAGAGGAAAAGGCCAAGCUGCUGGAGGGAGACGUGGUGAUUAUCGACUUUGGCUUGGCGAACCAGAGCCAGUCGGACGAAGACCGAGCGACGGAUCUGUAUGUCCUCGAGAGGGCGUUCGCGAGCACACACCCCCGGGCGGAGAACCUGUUUGAGCACUUGCUGGAGUCGUACAAGCAGAGCUUCAAGAAGGGAGCGUCCGUGUUACAUAAAUUGGAGGAUGUGAGGAUGCGUGGGAGGAAGAGGAGCAUGAUUGGGUAA